AUGGCGGAUGCAGCGCAGCUCAACAGCGACCCGGACAGGCUCUUGUUUGCCUACUGGGUGCCCAACGUGUCGGGCGGGCUGGUGAUCAGCAAGAUCGCGCAGCGGACGAACUGGGACCUGGCGUCGAACCUGCGAUACGCUGCAGCGGCCGAGCGGAGCGGGUUCGAGUACGCGCUGACACAGAUCCGCUUCACGGCGUCGUACGGGGCGGCGAACCAGCACGAGUCCGUGUCCUUCUCGCAGGCGCUGUUGCAGGGGACGACGACCCUGAAAGUGAUCGCGGCGAUCCUGCCGGGGCCGUGGAACCCGGCCGUGGCCGCCAAGCAGCUGGCCAGCAUCGACCACUACUCGGGCGGGCGCGUCGCCGUCAACAUUGUCAGUGGGUGGUUCAAGGGCGAGUUCACGGCCAUCGGCGAGUGGUGGCUGGACCACGCAGAGCGGUACCGGCGGUCCAACGAGUUCAUCCGCUGCCUGCGGGGGAUCUGGACGGCGCCCGACGACGGUGACGGCUUCACGUUCGCCGGCGACUUCUACCGCUUCCGCAACUACCGCCUCAGCCCCAAGCCGGUGCAGCAGCCGCACCCGGAGAUCUUCCAGGGCGGCAACAGCGACGACGCGCGCGCCAACGGCGCCGAGGUGAGCGACUGGUACUUUAUGAACGGCAACGACCUCGAGGGCUUCCGGGCACAGAUCGCCGACGUCAAGGCGCGGGCGGCGCGGGCGGGCCGCGAGGCGCAGGUGCGGUUCGCCGUCAACGGCUUCGUGAUCGUGCGCGAGACCGAGGCCGAGGCCGUGCGCGUGCUGCAGGAGAUCCAGGGCAAGGCGGACGCGGACGCCGUGGCAGCCUUCGCGAGCGAGGUCAAGCAUGCGGGCGCCAGCACCGGGAACAAGACAGGCAUGUGGGCGACGAGCACCUUCAACGACCUGGUGCAGUACAACGACGGGUUCAAGACGAAGCUGAUUGGCACCCGCGAGCAAGUCGCCGAGCGCAUCGUGCUGCUCAAGAGCCUGGGCGUGAACUUGGUGCUGACGGCGUUCCUGCACUACGAGGACGAGAUUGAGCAGUUUGGGCGCGAGGUGCUGCCGCUGGUGAGACAGCGAGAGGCCGAGGGGAGAGGCAAGGACGCCGCGCUCGAGAUUGAGCGCACGGGAGACGUGUACCAGAAGCCGGCAUCCUGA